CUAUCUUGGAGAUCUGCGACCGGAUCAAAGAGGAAUUCCAGUUUCUUCAAGCUCAGUACCACAGUCUCAAGCUGGAAUGUGAGAAGCUGGCCAGCGAGAAGACGGAAAUGCAGCGACAUUAUGUCAUGUACUACGAGAUGUCAUACGGACUGAACAUUGAAAUGCAUAAGCAGGCUGAGAUUGUCAAACGCCUCAGUGGGAUCUGUGCUCAGAUUGUCCCCUUCCUGACCCAGGAGCACCAGCAGCAGGUGCUCCAGGCAGUGGAGCGGGCCAAGCAGGUGACAGUUGGGGAGCUGAACAGCCUCAUCGGGCAGCAGCAGCUCCAGCCGCUGUCCCACCACGCCCCACCUGUGCCCCUCACCCCACGUCCGGCCGGGCUGGUGGGCGGCAGUGCCACGGGGCUGCUCGCCCUGUCCGGAGCGCUGGCCGCCCAGGCCCAGUUGGCCGCUGCAGCCAAAGAAGAUCGAACAGGUGUGGAGGCCGAAGGCUCCCGAGCAGAGAGAGCGCCGAGCAGGAGCGCAUCCCCCUCGCCCCCCGAGAGUCUGGUGGAGGAGGACCAUCUGAGUGGCCCCGGGGGCAACGGGAAGCAGAGCGUGGAGGACAAGGACCUCUCGGUUCCUUACGACAGCGACGAGGACAAGAGUGAUUACAACCUGGUGGUGGACGAGGACCAGCCUUCCGAGCCCCCCAGCCCCGCUACCACCCCGUGUGGAAAGGUGCCAGUUUGCGUCCCUGCCCGUCGAGAGUUGGUGGAUAGCCCGGCCUCUUUGGCGUCCAGCCUUGGCUCACCGCUCCCCAGAGCCAAGGAGCUUGUCCUGAACGACCUUCCCGCCAGCACCCCUGCCUCCAAGUCCUGCGACUCCUCCCCGCCCCAGGACACCUCCACCCCAGGGCCCAGCUCAGCCACCCACCUCCGCCAGCUUGCAGCCAAGCCAGCACCGCCUACGGACAGCAUUGCCCUGAGGAGCCCCUUGACACUGUCCAGCCCCUUCACCACGUCCUUCACUCUGGGCUCCCACAGCACCCUCAAUGGGGACCUGUCUGUGCCCAGCUCCUACGUCAGCCUCCACCUGUCCCCUCAGGUCAGCGGUUCUGUGGUGUAUGGACGGUCCCCCAUGAUGGCAUUUGAGUCCCACCCACACCUCCGAGGGUCAUCCAUCUCAUCCUCCCUACCCAGUAUCCCUGGGGGAAAACCGGCCUACUCCUUCCAUGUGUCCGCCGACGGGCAGAUGCAACCCGUGCCCUUCCCCUCGGACGCCCUGGUGGGCGCGGGCAUCCCGCGGCACGCAAGGCAGCUGCACACGCUGGCACAUGGCGAGGUGGUCUGCGCUGUCACCAUCAGCGGCUCCACACAACACGUGUACACGGGCGGCAAGGGCUGCGUGAAGGUGUGGGACGUGGGCCAGCCGGGGGCCAAGACGCCUGUGGCCCAGCUGGACUGCCUGAACCGGGACAAUUACAUUCGCUCCUGCAAGCUGCUGCCUGACGGCCGGAGUUUAAUCGUCGGUGGCGAGGCCAGCACCUUGUCCAUCUGGGACUUGGCGGCACCCACGCCUCGCAUCAAGGCCGAGCUGACCUCCUCGGCGCCCGCCUGCUACGCGCUGGCGGUCAGCCCCGACGCCAAGGUCUGCUUCUCAUGCUGCAGCGACGGCAACAUCGUGGUGUGGGAUCUGCAGAACCAGACCAUGGUCAGGCAGUUCCAGGGCCACACGGAUGGAGCCAGCUGCAUCGACAUCUCCGACUACGGCACCAGGCUCUGGACAGGAGGGCUGGACAACACCGUGCGGUGCUGGGACCUGCGGGAGGGCCGCCAGCUGCAGCAGCAUGACUUCAGCUCUCAGAUCUUCUCCCUGGGCCACUGCCCGAACCAGGACUGGCUGGCAGUCGGCAUGGAGAGCAGCAACGUGGAGAUUCUGCACGUGCGCAAGCCGGAGAAGUACCAGUUGCACCUGCACGAGAGCUGCGUGCUCUCGCUCAAGUUCGCCUCCUGCGGAAGGUGGUUUGUGAGCACUGGGAAGGACAACCUGCUCAACGCCUGGAGGACGCCGUACGGAGCCAGCAUUUUCCAGUCCAAGGAGUCAUCCUCCGUGCUGAGCUGCGACAUCUCCGGGAACAACAAGUACAUCGUAACGGGCUCGGGGGACAAGAAGGCCACGGUGUACGAGGUGGUCUACUGAGACCGGCUCCUCCCUGGGCUCCCACUCGGGGCAAGGAACACCUGAGACAGACACCCCAAGAGCCCCUUCUCAGCCACACCUGUGAGCGAGUGAUCCCAUCGUCGCUCUCUGGCUUACUGUCCCCCUCACCUUCCUCUGCUGGAUGGGGAGGA